UGGGCAGGCUCAGCGCCCUGGUCGCCGUAGUGUUGGUGACAUGCGCAGUGACGCAUGGGACGGAGAAGGACGGAAAUUCCCUGAAACUCGGGACGAACACGGAAGAUGCACGAGCGCUGAUGGUCAAAGCGUGCAACGCCUUCUCCAUGGACCUCUACAAGCAUGGCAAUGGCAUUGUAAGGGCAAUGGUGGACAAAUUUUGAAAGUCAAGAAUGACAAGAGCACCGACAACUACAUGACCACUCUGGAAUUUAAGGCUGGAGAAAAGAAUAAAGCAGUUUAG